UUCGUGUUGCAGUUGUGUACAGCGAAAUCAACCCAAACUCUCUCUCUCUCUCUCUCUCUCUCUCUCUCUCUAGAGAUCCAGAAUUCCGAUCGAAAACCGCAUUCCGUCCUUCGCGAUCGCCGCCCGAGAUUCUCGACGCUCGCCGGAGAGAUCCCGUUCGGAACUUGGAAACCUCGGAGCGCGCCCCAUCGAUCGGCGCCGGAAGGAAGGAAGGAAGGAGCCGUCGCGUUCCUCGAUCGGGGGGAGGAUUGUUUUUUUCUCCCGGAGCUCCGAUGGCGUCGGAGCAGCUGAUGGGGACCGGCGGGCACCGGUACUUCCAGAUGGAGUCGGAGCCGUCCCAGGCGACGGCGUCGUCCUUCCCGUCGUUCCGCCAGGGCUCCGCGGAGGUGGCCCGGAUCUUCGACGAGCUCCCGAAGGCGGCGAUCGUGUCCGUCUCGAGGCCCGACGCCGGCGAUAUCAGCCCGAUGCUUCUGUCUUACACGAUCGAGUUUCAGUACAAGCAGUUCAAAUGGCGUUUAUUGAAGAAAGCAUCCCAAGUCUUCAUUUUGCACUUUGCGUUGAAGAAACGUGCCUUCAUCGAGGAAAUUCAUGAGAAACAGGAGCAGGUUAAAGAAUGGCUUCAAAAUCUAGGAAUUGGAGAUCACACAACUGUUGUGCAAGAUGAAGAUGAAGUUGAUGACGAUGCGGUUCCAUUUCUUCAUGAUGAAAGUUUUAAAAAUAGAGAUGUUCCCUCAAGAGCUGCUCUUCCUGUCAUUCGGCCUGCUUUAGGAAGGCAGCAAUCUAUAUCAGACAGAGCAAAGAUUGCAAUGCAAGAGUACUUGAAUCACUUUCUUGGAAACAUGGAUCUUGUCAAUUCUCGAGAGGUAUGCAAGUUUCUGGAGGUUUCUAAGUUAUCUUUCUGCCCGGAGUAUGGCCCUAAACUGAAGGAGGAGUAUGUAAUGGUGAAGCAUCUGCCAAAGAUUUCGAAAAGUGAUGAUUCCAGAAAAUGCUGUGCAUGUGGUUGGUUCAGUUGCUGUAAUAAUAACUGGCAAAAGAUGUGGGCUGUGCUAAAACCUGGAUUCUUAGCCUUGCUGGGGGAUCCCUUUGAUACAAAACCUUUGGAUAUAAUUGUUUUUGACGUAUUACCAGCAUCAGAUGGAAAUGGAGAAGGGAGAGUGGCGUUAGCUAAAGAAGUGAAGGAAAAUAAUCCACUCCGCCAUGCAUUCAGGGUGACUUGUGGAACCCGGAACAUCAGAUUAAGAGUCAAGAGCAAUGCUAAAGUCAGAGAUUGGGUGGCUGCUAUCAAUGAUGCUGGUCUUAGGCCUCCGGAAGGUUGGUGCCAUCCGCAUCGUUUUGGCUCUUUUGCUCCUCCAAGGGGUUUGAAUGACGAUGGUAGCCAGGCUCAGUGGUUCAUUGAUGGACAGGCAGCAUUUGAAGCCAUUGCUGCCUCUAUUGAAAAUGCGAAAUCUGAGAUUUUUAUCUGUGGAUGGUGGGUGUGCCCAGAACUAUAUUUAAGGCGCCCUUUUCAUACUAAUGUUUCCUCAAGACUUGAUACAUUAUUGGAAGCAAAAGCUAAGCAAGGAGUGCAGAUUUACAUUCUUUUGUACAAAGAGGUGGCCCUUGCUUUGAAAAUCAACAGCAUGUCCAGCAAACGAAAGCUUCUUAGCAUUCAUGAGAAUGUGAGGGUACUUCGAUAUCCUGAUCACUUUUCUAGUGGUGUCUACCUAUGGUCCCACCAUGAAAAGAUCGUCAUCGUGGAUAACCAGAUUUGUUUCAUAGGUGGACUAGAUUUGUGUUUUGGUCGUUAUGACACCUCCGAACACAAGGUCGGUGACCAUCCCCCUUUGAUCUGGCCUGGAAAGGAUUAUUACAACCCAAGGGAAUCUGAGCCAAAUUCGUGGGAAGACACAAUGAAAGAUGAAUUGGACCGUGAAAAAUAUCCUCGCAUGCCUUGGCAUGACGUCCAUUGUGCUCUAUGGGGACCACCUUGCCGGGAUGUAGCUAGACACUUUGUUCAACGGUGGAACUAUGCAAAGAGAAAUAAAGCCCCGUAUGAGGAGGCAAUUCCUCUACUUAUGCCUCAACAUCAUAUGGUUAUUCCACACUACAUGGGUAAAAGUAAGGAGUUGGAGGAUGAGAGCAAGAAUUUUGAAGAUAGUGACAGUAAAAGCCUCAAAAGACAGGACUCCUUUUCCUCUAGAUCUUCUUUACAAGAUAUUCCACUACUUCUUCCUCAAGAGCCUGAUAGUGUCGAUGCUCCUCCUGAAGGGAGCCCAAAAUCCAGUUGUCUGGAUCAUGAUAUUCGUCUCAUUGAUCAACCAAGCAGAGUAGGCAGGAAUCAUCACUUUUUGUUACGUAAAUCCAAAUAUGAAGAUGUGGUCGAUACACCAAUGAAGGGUUUUGUUGAUGACCUUGACAUCGAUUUUCCUAAAAAACCCUGUCCACCAGUUGUGUUGACUUCGGAUCCAGAAUGGUGGGAAACACAGGAGCGGGGUGAUCAAAUGGCACCUACAGAUGAAACUGGGCAAGUUGGUCCUUGCACUCCAUGUCAUUGUCAGGUAUUUAGGAGUGUCAGUCAGUGGUCUGCUGGAACAAGCCAGACUGAGGAGAGUAUUCACAAUGCCUAUUGUUCUCUUAUUGAGAAAUCAGAACACUUUAUUUAUAUCGAGAAUCAAUUUUUUAUAUCAGGUCUUUCAGGAGAUGAAAUUAUUCGAAAUCGUGUUUUGGAAUCACUAUACCGCCGGAUUAUGAAAGCUCAUAAUGAUAAGAGAUCUUUCAGAGUUAUAAUUGUUAUACCUCUCCUACCCGGUUUCCAGGGUGGGCUUGAUGAUGGUGGUGCAGCAUCUGUUAGAGCUAUAAUGCACUGGCAAUAUCGAACUAUUUGCAGAGGAAACAAUUCAAUAUUGCACAAUCUUUAUGAUCUACUUGGUCCUAAAGCUCAUGAUUACAUCUCUUUUUAUGGUCUCAGAGCUUAUGGAAAGCUCUUUGAUGGAGGCUCUAUUGCAUCUAGCCAGGUGUAUGUGCAUAGUAAAGUCAUGAUAAUAGACGACUGCAUGUCGCUUAUUGGAUCAGCAAAUAUAAAUGAUAGAAGUUUGCUUGGUUCCAGAGAUUCUGAGAUUGGCGUGCUUAUCGAAGACAAGGAAUUAGUUGAUUCAACUAUGGGAGGCAUGCCUUGGAAGGCUGGAAAAUUUUCUCGGAGUCUUCGUCUUUCUCUGUGGUCUGAACACCUUGGUCUUCGUGGAGGAGAGGUGAAUCAAAUAAUUGAUCCGGUGGUUGAUUCUACUUACAAAGAUAUAUGGAUGGCAACUUCAAAGGAAAAUUCAGCAAUUUACCAAGACGUCUUCUCUUGCAUACCUAAUGAUCUUAUACAUUCCAGAGUCGCUAUCAGAGAAAACGCGGCCCACUGGAAGGAGGAAAUUGGGCACACUACUAUCGAUUUAGGUAUUGCCCCCGAGAGGUUAGAGUCCUACCACAAUGGCGAUAUAAAGAGGACCGAUCCCAUGCUGAGAUUAGAGUCGGUGAGGGGUCAUCUUGUUUCUUUUCCCUUGGAUUUCAUGUGCAGAGAAGAUUUAAGACCGGUGUUUAACGAGAGCGAAUAUUACGCAUCUCCUCAAGUUUUCCACUGAGCACGAUUUUAGGGGGAGCUUAAAGGGUUACAACCAUACGAAAGCGCAAAGAGACAGCCGUAUUUGUAUCAUUACAUGCAUAUACCAUUACAGUAUACAAAAAACGAUUUGACUCCACGUCUCUUUUUUAUUUCGGCGGGGUCAUUGUUGGGUUGGAGGGAAGUUGUGAUGUCUGUCAUAAAUAUAAAGUACUGACUUCGGAAUAAUGUUAA